AUGGAUCAAACUUCAAUCGUCUACAAGAAUGUAUUGCCGUGGCGUGGCUGCGAAAAACUGUAUUUGGACUCUCGUACAGCUGAUAUAUUUUUCGAAUUUGCUCUGGAAAGUAAUGAAUGUGUCAAGGUUCCAGCGCAUAAAUGCAUUCUCUCAGCGAGUCCAGUGUUCGAUGCAAUGUUCUAUGGUCCCGCCCAGGAAAUGACAAACACAGUAACCAUCGUUGAUGCAUCGCCCGACGAAUUUAAAGAAUUCCUACAAUUCUUUUACCUCAGUUCAGUUCGUCUGAUGGUUGAAAAUAAGCCGGCAAUCAUGAAUCUCGGUGAGAAGUACAUGUUGAACGUUUGCAAGAAAGCAUGCACCGAACUGUCGAAAGCAACAUUGACCAUGGAAAACAUGUGUUUGGGUUACGAAUUGGCCAUUCUCUUCAAUCAAGAUGAUCUGAAGGAAUAUUGUGAAGCGAAAAUCAGCGAAAAUCCCACGGAAUUUUUUAAAUCCCAAAGCUUCUUGGAUUGCGAACCGAAUUUGUUGCGUUACAUUUUGCAAUUGAAUUCGUUGAAUUGUGAUGAAUCAGUUGUAUUCGAUGGUUGUAUGGCAUGGGCCAAGACCGCCUGCAUUCAAAAGGGUCUGAACGAAAAUGAUAUGCAGAACCUUCGAUCCGAGCUUGGCGAUCUCUUCUACGAGAUUCGAUUUGGUGGUAUGUCAACCAAAAAGUUCAAUGACUAUGCCGACACGUUUGAGGGGUUAUUUUCCAUGAAAGAGUUCCGAGACAUUGUGGCCAUGACUGCGAAUGUAAAUUACCGUCCACCAAAAUUCAAUCGAAAGCCACGCUCAUCGGUGUGUGACCGGGUUGAUCGUCUUGAAUCACAUUCGGCCGAGAGUUACAUGUACGACGGCGCAAGUGGCGUUGAUUACACUGUAUUCUCAUCGAAUCGCUCAACAUUAUUGACUAAAAUUUGCUUCAGUGACUUUAUAUUCAACGAUGAUAAAGUACAUCAAAUCAGUGUAAGGGUUUCAGUGUGCGCUCUGAUUAAGGGAACGCGUUUAGACAAUAAAAUUGUACCGGCUCACAUUUUAACGCGUCAAAUCGAUGUAAAUCCAAGCGAAGAAACAUUGGUGGAGUUCACAAAACCAAUUGUUAUCAAAGCAGACAUGCAGUAUAGGAUCACGUUUGAAAUUGAAAAGGCAUACCAACAUGUUUUAUGCAAGAAUUUACUGGCUCAUAAAGAGAAAGUCGAUAUAGGAGAUGGAAAUAUCAUCGAAUUUCAUGAUCCAGGCAUAUUUUUCACCAACAAAAAAUUUGGACUGUUGACACAAUUGCACUUUAGGAACUAA